CCUGUUUGCUCUGGGUCCGAAUCAGUAGGUGACCCCGCCCCUCUGGACUCUAAAUUCUCAGCUGCUUGCAUCUGGCCCUGGGGCCCCUCCUCCUUCAGGCCCCGGACUUGAACCUCACAGCCCUUUCUCUGUCAGGACCCAGGAAUCUGAGCUCCCGACUCCUCUUCCUCAAGAUUCAGGAGGAGUCCAGGAUCCGAACUCCCUUCUUCCUGGGAACGUAAAAAUCCAGGACCCCAGCACCUUUUCUCCUCAUUUUCCAGAAUGUAGGGUCACACCCCUUUCUAACUCAGACCUAAGAAUCUGAGUCCUAGCCCCUUCCUCCUGCAGGGCCCUGAAGAACAAUUCUGGAUGCUCUGCUCCCUUCCCAAUCCCAAGAUCUUACUAAGAUUUCAGCCCCCUCCCUCCUCACCUCUCAGCCCUUGUGCUCUCCCUCUCCCAGACCCCAGCAUGGAACACCCACUACCUGCUGCAGUGUGCACCUGGAUGUUCCUGUUUUUGCUGUUGGAAGCCUGUGCAGCUGCAGGGCACUGGAGGGCACAGGAAUCCAAGGUGCUGGAGGGCCAGCAGUGCAAGGCCCAUUCUCAGCCUUGGCAGGUGGCCUUGUUCCAGGGCAACCAGCUGCUAUGCGGGGGUGUCCUCAUAGAUGACAACUGGGUUCUCACAGCAGCCCACUGUGAAAAACCGAACUACACAGUGCACUUGGGAGAUCACAGACUGCAGAAAGGGCCAGAGCAAGAAAGGGCUGUAGCUCAGUCCAUCCCACACCCCUGCUUUGACAGGAAGAGGGAUGAUCACAAGCAUGAUCUGAUGCUCAUUCGACUAUGUGGGCCAGCAUCCCUCGGGAACAAAGUGAAGCCCAUCAACCUGACAGAUCACUGCCCUCAACCUGGCCAGAAGUGCACCAUCUCGGGCUGGGGCACUAUUUCCAGCCCCCAAGAGAAUUUUCCUGAUGCCCUGAACUGUGCACAAGUGGAGAUCUUUUCCCAGAAAAAGUGUGAAGAAGCCUACCCUGAGGAAGUCACAGAGGGCAUGGUCUGUGCAGGUGACAGCAACGGGGCUGACUCAUGCCAGGGCGAUUCCGGAGGCCCACUGGUGUGUAACGGCGUUCUCCAAGGCAUCACUUCCUGGGGCUCAAACCCCUGUGGGCAGUCCCAGAAACCUGGCGUCUACACUAACAUCUGCCUCUACCUGGACUGGAUCAAGAAGACCAUAGGCAGCAGGAACUAAGCCUUGGACAAGCUUUGGAUCCCCCUCAAUAAACUUAACACCAUGG